UUCUAUUGGCCACGUAAUCUGACAGGCCGGAUUGAGUGAGAAAACUUUUCUUUUCUUUUGUACAAAAAUCAGACGCCAAAUUCCGAAAUAUUUUCCAUACAACAAUCAUCUUAUCUCUUCCACCAAUCCAUUUCAAUGUAACUACAACAACAAUUUUCAUUCAAAUCAAUCAUGCUUGCUUCAAACAUUUCUGACGUCAUCAAUGCCGCCGUUAACUCACCGUCGCCGGCGUUAGCUUGUUCCUCAUCGGUUCCCUGCUCGAUCUGUCUCGAUUUAGUGAUCGAUGACGGCGAUAGGUCCAUCGCCAAGCUUCACUGCGGCCACAAGUUUCAUCUCGAUUGCAUUGGAUCAGCUUUUAAUACAAAGGGAGCAAUGCAAUGUCCUAAUUGUCGCAAGGUUGAGAGUGGUAGAUGGCUGUUUGCAGAUGGUUCCGCACAUACAAUUUCUGAGAGUGGUGCGCGAGACUGGAUGCCACACGAGAGCGCACAUGAUUUGAGCUACUCUAGAUGGCCAAUUGGACUUCGCUGGCAUCCGUUUGGUGGCUUUAUGGUUCAUUCAUCAUUUGAUUUCAGGGAAACCGAGUCUGCGUUAAACACAUUUGCUCACUUCCUAGGAAACUAUGCUAUGAUUGCUCAACACACAGCCACACCAUCUUCAGCUCGCUCUUACGUUUCUCAUUUUCGACCCAACGAGCAUGUUGCCGGUUCCAACUUCCAUCACCCCUUAAAUUCCCAUCCUGCCCCUCGUAAUAAUGUUCAUUCAACUUACAUUCAACACCCAAGCUGGGGUUGGAACUGUCAUUUCCUUCCUUACAAUGCAGACAGAGAUUUUAUCGAGCAUGGCAAUUUAACUCCGGUUAACCCUGUUACACUGAGAUCAACUCACGCUCGGGCUCAACCCGUUUACUAUACCCAACGGCUUGUUUCGAGAACCAGAGAGAGUUCAGGGGCUAAUUCUCAGUCACGCGAAAGGAACCCGAUUCAUCAUGCGGCAUAUCAUCAUGAACAACCAAGUGAAGUUACAAACAUGCCCUUGUCUACAUAUGGUUUUAGGAGAUUUGGUGGUGCAUUGGCCUUGCCUAUGAUAUUGCCAGCCGUCCCCCGUCAACCUCAUAACCAUGGGGUACAUGGGUCGUACAGUAGUGAGACAGAAAGAGACGAGUCGUCAUAUAUUCCCGUCAUACAUGGAUCAUUCCACCAUCACCGGUCUUAGAAAGCUCAGCUCUUUUGUUAAUAGCCUUCUAGUAACUUUACAAACCCAACUGUUACAUAUCGAGAAACCAGAUCUCUGUUAUGGCCCUCAGUGGUCCCAGAAUAUUGGUAAAUGGUGAUGCUUGUUUCUUCUUGGAUGAUCAUGUGAACUUUCCUAUAUGUACAAUUGAUAACCAAGGAGAAGUUUGUAAAUUUGUA